AUGAUUGGCAUCGCUAUUAUCCAGGACUUGGUCAUCUGCCACUCUUCCGCGAUUGAGUUUGAUGAACGGUGCAUCUAUAUAUCUCACAUCUGCCCACAUUUGAGAGGAAAGCAGAAGAGCGGAAUAGUAAGGACCGAGGUCGAUCUCUGCACCCCGCCGGAGCCCCCGCAUUCAUCCCACCCGGAGGUCCGUGUCCCCGAUCUGGGGGAUAAGAUGACCGAUUAUGAUACACUGAUAUCAAACCCGCAGGCGAUCCGCUACGUCGCCGAAUUCAUGCUGCAAACAGGCUUGCUCGGGCAGUUCAGCCAGGUGGAGUUGGAUCCCGAUCCUGACCCCCUGGAGGACCCCGACCACUGCCACGAACACACAGGCCUACGGGCAUUGGGAAUAGACGCUGAAGACGCUGGGUAG